CGUCAUUUCCUUGUUCCUCGUCCUUCGUUUGCGCAUUGUGCUUGAAAUCGUACAGUCUGCCAGUGAAAAAUUGUCCGCGACUUCGGCUGAUGAACUUUAUCAGAGGCUCUUAACUUGUUUUUUUGGCCCUUCUGAACCGCGUGCCUGCGCUUGCGUGCAUACUUCCUUCAGCAUUGGUGUAAACCAGUCAACAGUGGCGGUCUGUUGCGCAAACACUCGCGCCCCACCACGACAUCCCUGUGGGGUGAAGCUUUCCUGACUCUUUACUCCCCAUCGAGUCGCUGCUCAUUUGCGACUCACCUCUUCAUCCCCCGUAUCGAAAACCUCCAUUCACAGCUCGCGCCAUGGCCGAACCGACUCAAGAAAUGGGCGUCGACGCGUCCGCUGCGGCUCCCGAGUCCAAUCUCCAGGAGUCCAGCUACGAGGUGCAGGUCCAGCUCAGCGACCUUCACCAGGACACCGACCAUCCCCUCGCCUCUGUCGCAAGCUUCGAUGAACUUGGCCUACCCGACAAGGUCCGCCAGGGCCUUGCCGAGAUGGGCUUCUUGAAGCCCUCCAAGGUUCAAGAGACCGCCCUACCGCUCCUGCUCGCCAACCCGCCACGCAACAUGAUCGCCCAGUCGCAGUCCGGCACUGGCAAGACCGCCGCCUUUGUCACCACCCUCCUCUCGCGAGUCGACUUUACGAAGCCUAAGCAGCCUCAAGCGCUCGUCCUCGCUCCUAGCCGCGAGUUGGCACGACAGAUCCAGGGCGUCAUCCAGCACAUCGGCAACCCCAUCGAGGAGCUCGAGGUCGUCGCCGCCAUCAAGGGCGCGUUUGUUGAGAAGCAGCCGAUCCAAGCCAGCGUCGUUGUCGGCACUCCUGGCACCGUGCUGGACGUAUGCAAGACUCGCCAGCUCGACAUUUCACAAAUCAAAAUCCUCGUUAUCGACGAGGCUGAUAACAUGUUGGACCUGCAAGGAAUGGGCGACCAGUGCAAGAGAAUUAGAAAUGUCCUUCCAAAGACGACCCAGAUCCUCCUUUUCUCCGCGACCUUCCCCGACCGUGUGAUGAAGUAUGCGGACCAGUUCGCGCCGCGUGCGAACGUCAUCAGGCUCAAGGCGAAUGAGCUCACCGUCAAGGGUAUUGCUCAGAUGUACAUGGACUGCCCGAGCACUGCAGACAAGUACGCCAUCUUGUGCAAGCUCUACGGUCUCAUGAACAUUGGCUCGUCUAUCAUUUUCGUCAAGACUCGUGAGAGUGCGACUCAGAUUGCGCAAAGCAUGACCAACGAUGGACACAAGGUGUCUGUGCUCCACGGAGCUUAUGAAGGCGCCGAGAGAGAUGCCCUUCUGGACGACUUCCGCUCUGGGCGCUCCAAAGUCCUGAUCACCACCAACGUUCUCGCUCGUGGCAUCGACGUCUCGACCGUCUCGAUGGUUAUCAACUACGACAUUCCCAUGAAGGGCCCGGGCGAAGGAGCUCCCGAUACGGAAACCUAUCUCCACCGGAUCGGGCGUACCGGUCGUUUCGGACGCGUCGGUGUCAGUAUCACAUUUGUGUCAGAUAAGAAGAGCUUCAUGUCGAUGAAGAAGAUUGCCGAGGAGCUCGAGAUUGAGCUCGUCCAACUCAGCCCGGAUGACUGGGACGAGACGGAGGAGAAGGUGCACAGGGUUAUCAAGUCCAGCAGGGCUCAGGCCACUUACGUGCCGACAGCUGCCGCCUAAGCUGCCGAAUCAUCCGAAAAUGGAACUGUCAUGCGGCCGUGUUUCGGGUCGCGGCGCUAUCACCGUCAUACAUCAGAUGGAAGCGCCCACUGCGACUGUACCAGGAAUAGCCACAGUGAUGGAUACGGGCAAAGCUUAUCAUGACCAUCGCGGCUCGCAUCAUGUCUGAAGAAAAGUGAAGCAUAGAACGGCCAGAUUCUGUAGUAGAUACCAUGUCAAGAGAAGGAGAUUUGAUUGGCCGAGUCAUGAGCGAAACGCAGCAAUGCAAUGUGAUAGCAUGGUGAAGUACACUUGAAGCAAGUGGCGUCACACCAGAAGCAGUCUAAUGCUGACGACGUCCAGUUUCUGCUAUGCU